AACGGUGUCGUCAUCCAUAGGAGACACAUUAUGUGAGGCUCCGCGCUACUGAUAAUAACAGAUUGACACAGAGAGACAGCAGCUGCUGCCAGAUAUUCUGAUAUUCUUCAGUGAUCGGAGUAAUGGAGGCGAGCGAGGAGGCAGAGAGCGCGGCGCAGCAGCAGAAUAACGCGGCGCAGAGACGCGCGGAGAUCCGCAGGAGGAAGUUACUGCUGAACUCCGAGCAGCGCAUGAAGAAGAUCGUGGGCUUCAGUAAGAGCGACGCGGACAGCGCAGCCAGAGUCCUGGAGCCGCGUCUGCAGCUGGAUCUGGACGGGAUGGAGGCCUGCUCCUCCAAGAGGCUGUCGGAGUCUCCGGGGAGCGUCUCAGAUGAAGCGGUGGCUGAGGAUGUCCGGCAGAGGCUGGCAACAGACGAACGCUCUGCGUCUCCUCGCAGGGGUCUCCAGAAGUGCCUGUCCCGCUUCGACGACGCCAUGAAGCUGCGAGGACAGCUGUCCGCAGAGAAGACGGCUCAGGACGGCAGCGGCGAGGAGGAGCUGGACUCGUUCUGUCUCUUCCGGCUCGUCUGCAGCGUCGCUCUGGCCGUUUUCGUCCGCAUCUUUGUCUGCCAGUAUCUGUCCAUCUUCGCACCGUUCCUCACUCUGGAGCUGGGCUUCAUGGGAUUGCACAAAUACUUCCCAAAGGUUUGUCUCUGUUUUGGCACUGAUAAAGUGGAGAAGAAGAGCCAGACCACGAUGCUGACGGCCGCGCUCCUGUUGUCAGGGAUCCCCGCAGAAGUCAUCAACCGCUCCAUGGACACGUACAGGAAGAUGAGCGACGUCUUCUCCGACCUCUGUAUCUACUUCUUCACCUUCAUCAUGUGUCAUGAGCUGCUACUGAUCUUUGGGUGCGACGCGUCCUGAGGAUCCAACGCUUCUUCUUCUUCUGUUACCCAUCAGGCCAUGAGAGUGUACAGCUCCCGCAUCUCAGCCGACAUACUGUUCCUCAUUUUAACGUCCUCCUCCAGUCUUAUUUCAUGUAGUGUUCAUCAGUUAGAGAUGUUCAUGUUGACCACUGUGAAACUAGUGAAGAUCUGAGCAGAGAGCCCUGAUACUAUAAUAUCAAACGAAACUCAUGUCUGCAUCAUAUUUCACGCCAAAAUAAAGAAAAUCAAGCCUGUUUUUUAAAUAAUAAUUCAAAUGAACAUUAGCUGAAAACGUGUUCACCGUCAGACCAUUCAAGAUUAGGGUGAGUUUGUUUCUUCAUCAGGUUUGUAGAAAUGUAGCACU